AUGAAGUCUCAUGAAGCCUUGAUUAUAGGGAUCUCCGGUCCCUCGAGCAGUGGCAAGACAACCCUCGCACGCUUACUGCAGCGGGUAUUCUACGGGGUGAAUCUCAACCCAAAAGACCAAUGUCUAAAUACGUUCAUAAUCCACGAAGAUGACUUCUAUUUCCCAGACGAUAAAAUCCCCUAUACAACAACCCGCUCUGGCGCCAAAAUCCAAGACUGGGACACAGCCGCCGCAAUCGACAUCCCCUUCCUCUCGCAAGCACUGCGCUACGUGCGCGACAAAGGCACCCUCCCACCACGACUGCGCAGCAAGGAAGACCAGAAUGAUCAGACCUCUUCGGGCGUGUCGGACGAGCUAGUGCAGGAGUUGCGGGGUGUUGUUGGUUCCCGAUUAUUGGACAAGACGGGGAAACGCAAAGAGAAGACGAUUGCGUUCUUAGAGGGGUUUUUGCUGUUCGCGCCUCCUAGGUCUGAAUCUGAGAAAGAGGAACAUGUUCUCCGUUCUGUUCAUGAUGCUAUAGAUCUUCAUUUAUUCCUGCCUGCGGCGUAUGAGCUUGUGAAGGCUAGACGGGAGGGGAGGAGUGGGUAUGUCACUGUUGGGGCGGCGCCGGAACCGCCAGUAGAGAGUACUGGGGAGGGGGGACAUGGGGAGACGGGGAUGGAGGUUGAUCUCAAUGCUGAGGAUGAUCGUCCACCGCAGAAUUUCUGGGUCGACCCGCCUGGGUAUGUGGAUGAUGUUGUUUGGCCGCGCUAUGUGACGGAUCAUGCUUGGUUGUUGACUACUGAGGGUGAAGGUGAUGAUAUGAAGGGGCACCAGGCUUUGGGGGAGGCUGAUCUAGUUCGCAGGGUUGGGGAUGGGACUAGAGUAAGGACUGAUGUUGGAGUUGAGGUUGCACCGGGCUGGGGGAGUGCAGGGAUGGAUGUUAUUCUGAAGUGGGCUGUUGACUUAAUUCUGAGAUACUAUUUGGAUCGAACUUUGGUAGAAUAG